AUGAGGGCUCCAACGCUGCUAGUCAUUUCGUCGGACGAAGAAGAAGAAGUACGAAGUGGUGAAAUCGACAUCACAGAAAUAAACAGUCAACGGUCGGGUCACGGGUACACAGAAUACACCCGUCGCGUCACGAUGACCAUGAGAAUAUUUAAUGACCGCACCACAAAUACACGACCACCCCAACAACAACAGGUGAUCGAGAACACCACGCGUUACGAAGAGUACAACAACGUCGAGGAGGAGCAAAGAGGAGAGCCAAAAACAACACCACCAGGCGGACGUAUAUCGAAGAUUUUUGAUGUUACAAAAUGUUUUGCUCUCCUACCAAGAGCACCUGGGCGGCCGGCGGGCGAAAAAAUUAUCGCUCAAUCCGGCUCGACGACACGAGAUUAUGAUAGAGGAUCUUCAUGUGACAAUUACGGUGACACUUUGAGAAGUUCAGCAAGUUCCAGGAAUGAAAGAUGGAAGCAGGAGGACAACCGGUCAAUAUUUUCUUCGAGCCGUGCUGAGAGUCGUACUGAAGAUCAUUAUGGAUCGAGAAUUGCUACACGAUCGUCGUCUCGCAUGAUGGAAGAACAUAAUUUGAAAUCAGUGGAAAAGCCAGUCAUUCUUAGACCAAUUAAAAGUGUUCAGCAUAAUACCGGAUCUAUACCCGAUUAAGGCCGUUUUUUCGUGUGGAGUAAUGAGGCAAAGUCUGCUGUCUUAUUCAUUACGCUAAAAGGAUCUGCCGCAAGAUGUAUAAUUAUGACAAAUUGAAUGCCGUAGAAAGCCGCUGUGGUAGUGAGCACUAGAGGCAAAUGUACCAGAUGGAGUCGGAGAAUCGUAGUCAAAAGCUCCAUAAAUCUUUGUAUAAAUUUGCUUCCGAGAGAGUCAAAAUACAGAGGUUCAUCAGCGGACUAUAUUCACAUGAAAUGUGAUAUAUACCCGACGCGAAACACCUGAAGACACGAAUCGUGUAGAGGUGUAAAGUCCAGAUAUGACGAGGCAUAUUCUGGAAAUACCGAAAUUUCUCAAGGAAAAAAGUUACGCGUUUCGCAUACGAAUGUAAGACGGGCAAGAGAUAAGAAGGGGGGCGAAAACGCAAGGCUAAAGAAGAUGAUCAAUCAUCUACUUAGUCGUUAAAGGGGAGUGUUUUAUUUUUGCAAUUGAGCUGUACGAGAGAUUAUAUGUAAAGUUACCAAUGGUAAUGUAGCGGUGUUACACAAAUUCAUAGUCGCGCAGACUGCAAAUAGACUGCAUCUUCAUACGAGUAGAUUUUUUGUUGGGUCAAGGCAUUAAUGUCGAUAUGCGUAACAGAAUUGUGAUGUACAAAAACAUGAAAAAACCUUGGCAAAUAUUUAGAGAAAUGGCCCCAUCCCAAUUCGGGUAUUAAAUGAAUUCAAAUAAGCAAUAAAACUUUGAAAAAGAACUGUGUUGGGACAGUUUCUAGAAGUGGACGCCAGUAUCAAACAUCUUCCCUGCAAAUACUACAACAAAUUCGACAAAGAUGGCAACAAACCAGGCAAUGCUGAAACAUUCCAUUGAUACUGGUAACGAUAGGCUAUAAGACUGUGGUUCGGCAUCCCAUACGCCUUACGUAUCGCCGCUACGCAAAUAAUUGGUCUUCGGCAGUGCCAGAAGACGAGUUGGUAUAACAGACCAGAUAACAGGGAAGCAAGACGCCUUUCCAAACGAAAGAAUAAAGAGGCCGAAAUUCGUGAGUAUGAAGAGCUUGAGAGCUGACCUAUUCUAUUAAAAGAUUUAGCGAUUUAUCUAAGGUUAUCUAAGGUA